GUGCUCCUCUUUUCCAACUCUCCGCGCCGAUCUCCAAAUCCCAAAACCCUGACCCAUCCACCUCCUCUUCCGCCGCCACCAGCCCAGUAGCCCACCAUCACCGCCGACAUGGGAGGAGGAGGCGGCGGCCGCAAGGCCCGCAACUUCGCGACCUUCCGCCUCUUUCCGCGCGCCGGCGCUGCCGAUCCCAACGACCGCGUCUUUGUCCGCGUCGACAACAACGACUACACCGUUCCCGGGUUCGCCGAUGAGGACUCCUUCGACCCCUCCUUCGGCGAUGGCAACUUCCACUCUGCCUCCGGCCCCCUCCCAGAACACGUCCGCCGCGAGAUCCUCGAGCUUGGCCUCCCCGACGACGGUUACAACUACCUCUCCCACCUCCGCGAGCUCCGUCCCGCCGCCGUCGCCGCCUCAUCCUUCGUCCCCAGCUCCACUGCGCGCCCCGAGCCUGUCCCGCUCGAUGUCAAGGCUUAUGAUGCAAGUAGGGUACGGGUUGGUCCCAGCGAGGGUGAACUGGACGAGGGGAAGACGAUGUGUAAGGUGGCUGCCAAGACUGCACCAGUGAGGCGAAUUGAGAAGGCUGUCGACCCAGAUGUCGCCAGGUUGCUCGAUGAGAGCGAUGUGUCUCAUGUUGGGUCUGAGGAUGAGGGCCUGGAGGAAGAUUUUGUCAUCAUAGCUAACCAGGCUGAGGGGGAGGAAUUCGAGGAAGAUGACAUAGAAGGGAUGGAAGAGUGGAAUGGUGUUUUGAGUGAUGUGGAAGAGGAGGAGUUCGAUUUUGACGAGGAUGAGCCAAAGCCAAGAGUGAGACGAUUGCUGGAUGAACAAUUUGAUCUACUUGCUUUGGAAGAGUAUGGAGACAGUGAUGAUGAUGGCGGGGUUGUUAAAGGUGGGGAAUAUGAACUGCCAAGCGAGGCUUUAGAUGAACUGAAAUUGUUCCAAAAUCAGAAUGUAUCUGUUGACGAAGAAUAUAGAACACCAGCAGAUUUUGUUCGUCAAAAACUGGACUCAAGCGCGGCAGACGAGGUGGAUGAAUCUGCUUGUGUGAUAAAAAAAUGUUCUGAAUACGCUGAAAGAUAUUUCAAUGAAACUGCAGAAGAUGUGGUAGUACUUGUGUCGGAAAGCAGUGAUGAAUCUGAAGUUUGGGACUGUGAGACCAUUGUUUCCACAUUCUCUAACCUUGAUAAUCAUCCUGGGAAAAUUGAAACUCCAGGAAUCCACAGAAAGCGGCUCCCUAGAGUUUUCCCUGGAGAAACAACUACGACAAAUGACAUCAUCAAGCUUCAUGGGAAAGAGAAACUGCCAGUAGAAUACCUGCCACAGAGGAGAAGAAAUGGUGAAAAGGAGAAGAAAGUAAAGCCCGUAGAAGCUUCUGUCACUGAUAAAUUUAAAAAAGGAGCUGAGAAGGAAACAAAAGAGGACAAGAAGGCAAGAAAGGCAGCAGUGAAAGAAGAAAAGAGAGAAGCCCGGAAAGCAAAGAAAGAGCUCAAAGGCCUGUAUAAAUCAGAAACACAGAAGGCUCAGAAAGUUGCUGCUGUUACUGGACCAUCGUCCAUACGAUUAAUGUGAUGGUUGUCCGCCAGGACAAAUGCAUCAAAGCUACGAAAGAUUCAUGAUACCAGUUCAUCUUUGUGCCAUGCUCGUGGAUUUUGUGGACAAGAUACCCAAUGCAUAGUUCUUGCCUUUGAGUUAUAUAAUCUUGUUGCAUUAUAUAGAGUUCUUGCGUCUUCUCUUCUGAAACACGACGUUUGCUAUGCUAUUCAAAAACAGAGGCAUUGUAGCACUGCUAUGUAUUAAUUCAGUUAAUCGAAGGAGAAGAUAAGAAGUUUAUACGCACUA